AUGGAACAGGAAAUCGACCAGAUUGUUCAAGCAAUCACUAUUGCCUCUGAUCCUACUCAAGCCUCUCUGUACCAGCAGGCUUUGGCUUAUAUUUCCACCAUCCAGCAAAAUGCAAAUGAAACCUGGAGGCUUGCGCUACACAUCUUCGUCGAUCAAAACACAGAGGGCCAUCGAAAGCACCCUGCACAAGCCCGAUUCUUCGCUCUUCGUGUUUUAGAUGAAUUCUUUGACAACCGGUUCGAACCUUUAGAUCAUGAAUCCUUUCAGGCGAUACAUCAGGCUUUGACUGCAUAUAUUCAAUCAGAAUAUGUUGUUGGAUCUGCUGAAGCGGACGCUUCAUUCCUUCGAAACAAGUUUUCUCAUACACUUACCCUAUUCUUCCUUUGCACAUACAUCGACCAAUGGCCUUCAUUUUUCACCGAUCUUUUCACCCUCAUCAGACCAACGGAAUCGGCAACGCGUUCAAAUUUCAAUCGACAUAUUUCACUCCUCUUCUUCCAUAUUGUGCUCGAGAUUUCUGGGGAAGUAGCAGACCAGAUUAUCAAAUCAGCGCGGCCAUACAAUGCUGCUCGACACGCGCGGGAUGCACGGGUGAGGGAUGCGGUCAGGGACAGAGAUGCUGCUCGCAUCAAUGCAGCAGUUCUAACCAUCGUGGUCGAAGGGGCGGAGCAGAUGGCCAAUCUACACAAAAGUGAGACCUCCAGCCGCGGCCCGCGGGAACUAGAGGGUGCUGUCGAAGUUGUUGAUUGGGGAAUCAGGACAUUUGGAUCUUAUGUUGGUUGGAUUGAUAUUAAUCUGACUGUCACCCCAACCACGGUUCCCCUGCUGUUCAAUUUGCUCGCUGACUCGUCAUUACCCAUCCGCUUGGCGACAUCUGUGUCCCUCCUGCGGAUCGUUUCGAAAGGUCUGAAGGAACCGGGGGACAAACUGCAGCUUUUGAAAGUGUUGUCCCUCGGCCAAGUUCUUGACGCUUUAGAAGCCAAAACCCGUGCACAACAAAUUGAAAGAGAGGAGUCGUAUCGAGAAGCACUUGGAAAGUUGUUGAAUGUCUUGGGUUUAGAGCUGGCCAAGUUAGUAGAUGAUUGUUCGGACGAGGACAUACGUGCCGAGGCUUCAACCUAUAUUACGCAAAUCCAACCUGUUAUGCUACGCUUCAUGGCUGAUGAAUAUGACGAUACCUGUUCCACAGUGUUUCCACUGCUACAAAAUAUUCUCACUACCUACAAACGCCAUCGGAAAAUAUCUUCAAAUCCAUUAGAUGAAUCGAAAAGAUCUUUCCUGGCGUCUCUCCUUCAAGUCUUGUUGGCAAAAAUGAAAUGGGAGGAAGACGCCGAUCCUGAAGAUGCUGACGAGGACGAUAACGCCGAAUUUGACAAAAUGCGCAAGGAAUUACGCACUUUCUUGGAUUCCAUCCUCGCAAUUGAUCAAGUUUUGGUCACGGAUGCGGUCAAAACCCUCGCGCUCGACACCAUUACCGCAUUCAAAAAUGGGGUCUCGAUCAAGUGGAAUGAUGCUGAACUGGGCGUUUAUCUUGUUUUUAUUUUCGGGGAGAUCAAUAAGAGUAUGACACGUAUAGCGGGUGGAAAGGGUCGUGCAGCGUUCUGUCAGGCUCCAGCCGUCGUCGACAAGGACAAAAGAAAGGCCACAGAUUAUUCCGAUUAUCCACUUACCACUCAUGGAGAGAUGCUCUUGGCUCUCGUUCAGUCGGGAGUUGCAUCGUUUCCUCAUCGGACCGUGUCACUGCAAUUCUUUGAAACCGCUUCUCGCUACACCGAUUUCUUCAAAAUACGUAAAGAUUGCAUUAUCCCAACUUUGGAAGCCAUGAUUGACACUCGUGGUCUUCAUAACGAAAAUCUCAACUUUAGGUCCCGACUCUUUUAUCUUUUCCAUCGCUUUAUCAAAGAGUCUCGAAAUGAGAUCCCCCCACAUAUCAGUGGCAAUAUCAUCGACAGCAUGCGUGACCUGUUGUUGAUUGAAGUAGAGAUCCCAGCGGCCGAAGAUACAGAAAUUGAUCCUCUUUCAGAGGCCAUCAAAAACAGUCAGUUCGACUCGCAGCUCUAUCUCUUCGAGACAGCAGGCAUCUUGACUUCCCUCCUCUGCAAAACACCGACGCAACAAACCGCUAUGUUACUCUCCCUUGUGAAACCGUUGAUGGACGACCUUUCAGUGAGCCUGCAAGCAUUCAGCAAAGGAGGACAAGACCUCCUACCCAUAGUCAAGGUCCACCAUAUUAUUAUGGCCCUGGGUAAUAUUGCAAAGGGAUUCCCGGAUUAUCCGACAUCUAUUCCGGAGGGGCAUAUCUUACCACCGCUAGAGAUAUUUACAGAAGUCGCACAGGCCAUUCUUGUCUGCCUGGAGGCUAUGAACGUUUACAAACCUAUUCGUGAUGCGACUCGGUUUGCUUUCGCCAGGAUUUUGGCUACAACUGGACCAACAGUUACAAGCUAUAUACCCCAGUUGAUGGGUAAUCUCCUCGCUCACUUUGAGCCCACCGAACUGGUCGAUUUCAUGAAUUUCAUUGGACUUCUGAUUCAUAAGCUUCAGAAGGACAUGUUCGACGUUCUAGAUCAACUUAUCGGCCCGCUCAGUGCCCACAUCACAUCUCUUUUAACACAACCUGUAUCGGGGACAGACGAACAUCGUGCACAUAUCGAAACCAAGAGGGCGUACCUUGCAUUACUCAACAACAUCAUGGCCUCAAAACUAGAUGGAAUUUUUACCUCAGAGCGAAAUUCGAGCAAUUUCGAAGUACUAUUAGAAAGCAUGCAGCGUUUGGCUGAAGACGUUUCUGACCCUGCAAGUGAAAAGACUGCCAUCAUGUUCCUCAACCGAAGCGUCACCGUUUGGGGUCAACCCUCUUCUUCGGAGAAUGGUCGGGAAACGGGUCACGGCUUACCCGGAUUUGAACGGUUCAUCUACGAACGACUAGUUCAGACUUGCUUUCGUGUUCCUUCACUACCUCAAUUUAACUUGAAGGAUGGCCAGAUGAUGGUGGUUCUUCAUGAAAUAGCAAAUUUGCUGCAAGUUAUCUGCAAAAUACGUGGUCAUGAAGCAUACAACUUCUUCAUCUCCGUCUUUCUUCCGUCGCAAAACUGGCCAUCAGAAACAGCGCUUGAUUUCAUGACAAAAUUACGAGACUUGGACGGCAAGGGUUUCCGUAAAUACUUUACUGAACUCAUCAGGUCCUCACGGACAUCAUAG